AUGCUGAUAAAAGAAGGUGACGUAUGGAAGUGGCGGAAUGAUCCCUCCGGGUCGUUUUCGGUAAAACAGGUUAGACUUGAUAUUGAAAAUGCCUCUAUAGCCGCUAAUUCGAAUGAUGAGGUUUUUCAUUGGAAUAACUGGGCGCCUCCGAAAUCCAACUAUUUACUAUGGAGGGCGAUUAUGGGCAAAGUUGCGGCAAAAACCGAGCUGAUUCAUAGGGGGGUAAGAAUUGGAGAUUGCUUGUGUCCUCGUUGCGGGUUAUCCGACGAAUCCCCAGACCAUUUAUUCGUCUCCUGUCUUUGGUCCCAAAGUGUGUGGUGGAAUGUUUUGUCUUGGGUUAGAAUUCCUUUUCCAUUGAACACGUUCAUCUUGAAGGACAUGAUCGGCUUCCUAAAGCUUCGUCAAGGCGGAGGUGCUUGGAAAAAGAUUAUUUAUAUGAUAGCGAUCGGUACGGUUUGGAGACUAUGGAAUGCGAGGAAUACAAUGGCGUUUGAAGGAAAGUUCAUCCCUGUCGCCACUAUUACGGAUCAAAUUAAAGAAGACACGUUCCUAUGGUUAAGCAAUAGAUCGAAGAUUAAGACGACGAGUUGGGAGAAGUGGAGAUCGUUUGAUGUAUUAGAUAUGUUGUAA